AUGCACGAACAGCCCCGUAUCCGGUCUCCUACGCUCCUGCGCAUCGACUCGUCGUCGAGCGUCUCAUCGCUCGACUCCGAGGCCUGCGUGCCUCCGGAGGAGGCACUUAUUUACGCAGACGCGGGCGACCCGCUCGCUGCGACGCGACGCACGCGUAAGCGGUUCUCUAAUACCCAAUUAAUGAUGCUUGAGCAACUGUACCGCCGCACUUCACACCCGACGCGCGAACAGCGCGACGCGUUGGCCAAAGAAGGCGAUAUGGAAGUACGGUCAGUGACUAUCUGGUUCCAGAAUAAGCGGCAGAUGGAACGGCGAGCCAAGAAGCCGAGCCCGAGACAUUCGUACCCGUUUCACGACGUAUCAGGGAAGACCAUCCACACCGUCCGCCGCGCCGCACUACUCGAGCAAGAACGGGGCGGCUCCGAGGACCAAUCCUCGCCGCCCGUCGGCAGCCAGAGCACGACGCCACGGGCCAGCCACAGCCCGUCGCUCGAGCCCAUGACUCCACCGCUCUUGCGCGAUGCCACACCAGUCCACCUCACAGCGCGCAAGCGCAGCGCCCCCACUUUCGACCGCAGCCUCUCCCUCGACCGCAUCGCCGCGCGCUCCGAGCGCCCGCUGCUCCCGCCCAAGACCCCGCCACCGCGCCCGCGCCUGCUGCCGCUCACCCCGCCCCGCUGGCACGCGCCUGCGCUCUGGGAGAGCAUGCCUUCGUCACCGCCGUCACAUUCGAGCCCGCAGGCGGACCGUGACCUCCUCGACUUCGGGCGCAGCCGUCUCAAGCCUAUACGCACGCUGGAGUGGGCGUGUGCCGCAGCAAGGGUCGGUGGGCAGCGGAAUGUGGAGCGGGAGCCGGAGAGUGACGGUGGCCUUGAGCUCGAUCUGGGAGGUGAUACAGAGGACGAGAGCGAGGCGCACGAGGCGGUGACCCCACGGAACAGCCAAAUAAUGGGCGCAUAUCACCGCAGGGCACAAGCUGUGCGUAUGGACGCUGACAAGGAAAACGACCCAAUGGCCAAGUCUAUGCUGAUGACGGGGUUGAGCACGGAGAUGGAUGAGGACGACGGGGAUGUUAACGUGAGGACGCACGAUGCCGAUAUGAUGAACGCCGCACUCGCACUCUGCGGUUUGGGCGCAGCGCAACAGCUAUAG